AUGUUUGGAUAUGAUAUCGGUGUCUCAGGUGGUGUCACGUCAACGGAUGAGUUCCUCAAAGAGUUUUUCCACACCGUGUAUGAAAAAAGGAGAAAUGCUCAUGAGAAUAACUACUGCAAAUUCAACAAUCAAGGAUUAGCGGCUUUUAACUCUUCGCUGUACAUUGCUGGUUUGGUUGCCACUCUUGUAGCCUCACCAAUCACUAGGAACUAUGGACGACGUGUAAGCAUCAUAUGCGCUGGGAUCUUCUUUCUUAUUGGAGCUGCUGUAAAUGCUGGAUCCAUGAACCUUGCGAUGCUUUUACUCGGAAGGAUCAUGCUUGCCAACAUGAUCAGUUACGCUACACAAAGGCUUAAUAACUGGGGCUGGAGGCUCUCUCUUGGUUCAGCAGCUUUACCGGCUCUGCUCAUGACUCUUGGUGGUUACUUCCUUCUCGAGUCUCCUAACAGCUUGAUCGAAAGAGGGUUUGCAGAAAGAGGCCGAGAGGUCCUUGAGAAGCUGAGAGAAACAGAAAACGUCGAAGCCGAGUUUCAAGAUAUGAUUGAUGCUAGCGAGUUGGCAAAUUCUGUAAAGCAUCGUUUUAAGGAUAUUCUGCGGAAAUGCCACAGGCCUCAGCUUAUCAUGGCAAUUCUUAUGCCAAUGUUUCAGAUCCUCACUGGAACAAACUGCGUUCUCUUCUACGCACCUAUUAUAUUCAUGACAAUGGGGAUACUCCACAUGUUGGUCAUCUUCUUUUCCCUCUUUAUUAUGGGGUAUGGAUGGUCAUGGGGACCGCUUGGCUGGACUAUACCGAGUGAGAUAUUUCCAUUGGCGACUCAUUCUGCGGGACAGAGUAUAACCGUUGCUGUCAAUCUCCUCUUCACCUUCAUUCUUUUUCAGGCUUUUUUGUAUCUCCUCUGUGCACUAAAGUUUGGAUUUUUUCUCUUCUUUGCUGGUUGCGUUUCUGUGAUGACCAUCUUUGUUUACUUCAUGUUGCCUGAGACCAAAGGAGUGCCAAUUGAAGAGGUGACACUCAUAUGGAGAAAACAUUGGUUCUGGAAGAAACUAUUGCCUGCAAAUCUUGAUACUGAAAGCUAG